AUGAGCUUACCAAAACCUUCACGAUCCAACACAGGACAACUGCCGAAAAGCGUCAAGGUUCGAUCAACAUGUAAUGCUUGUCAGCAGGCCAAAAUUCGGUGCAGCCAUGAGAAGCCCUCUUGUCGCCGUUGUCAGAAGCACAAGAUUGACUGCAUAUACAGCGUUUCGCGGCGACUGGGCCGGCCCGCGAAGAAGAAGGAACGCAUGGUCAUGGAUGAGAUGAAUGGUAGCCCGACGCAAGUCAUCCUCGAACAGGACCGUGAAAAAAAAGCCCGAAAGCCCGCGAAGAAAAAGAUUCGUUCUCAGCAGCCGAUCACUUCAACACGUUCUCGUGUUGGUAGACCGCCAGAGAACGGCCCAACAGACGCACAGACCCUAGCAAAGAGCAGUGUAGAGGAAUAUUCGGGUUUCGAACUGGAUAUUACGUCUGAGGGCUGGCUCCAAGAGUUGAUGGCCACCCGAGUAAACGGAAAUGCGAACAACAACACUCUUACGGAUUAUAGAUAUGACGAUUUUGACCUUGAGGAAUUCGAUUCCAUUUCAGAAUGUCUCAUGCAUUCAGAGCCUCUUGUCUUUGGUGGAUCGGCAGAUGGUCAACUCUCAAUAUCGACGGGCUUCCAAUUCACCUCACCUCCUAUGCAAUUCGAAAACGAACUUGAUGUGUUCCAAAGUACACCUUCUACGGAGCGCAUCGACGCCCUGACUCUAGGAAACAUAGCCUCAAUACAGUGGCCCUAUGACUCUACCCCCCAGAAUGAAUCCGAUACCUUUCUCAGACCCCUGUCUCCAGGCUUCAAUAACAACGAUGUAUAUUCACCCCAGGACACCGAUUUUCCUGUUCUACUGGAAGCAGCGACAAACUUCAAUUGCGGUUGCUACAAGCAGGUAAUCAGCGAACUGGUCAGGUUCGAACUUAAGACCGGACCAAACGGGGUUUCCAGCAUUGAUAGCAUUCUCGCAUGCCAAAAGGAACUAUUAUUGCAAACCGAGUCAAUUUUGCAAUGUAAUCUGUGCUCCCAGUCCGAGGCCCAGGCUAAUGCACUCAUGGUGAUUAUCGUGAUUAUUGACAGUCUUCUCACGACGCUCGAUGCAUCUGCUACCUCUGGCAAACCCGUUAUUUUGGAGGCUGUCCCGGAAUCUAAUGCACAGGUGGGUCGCAGACAGCAGAAGGAUGGCGGAAAUUGUCUCAAAUCGCAUAUCGAUACGUGUCCAUUGCUAGUGGGUGGAUUCCAGGUGCCUGUGGAAGAGAAGUCAUGUUUCAUUCGGCAGGUGUUACAAGCGAGGCUUUCUAUGCUUUUGCUAACGGUGAGACGAAUUCGGAUGUGCAUGCAGCAGCAACUUGCGGCGGCAUUUUCGCGGGGUCGUCUUUUGAUGAUUAUGGAGACGGAUAGGAGACUGCAGUUGAUUAUGAUGAAGAUAAAGAUGGCCGUUGGAUGA